AAGAGUUGGAUAAUGUGGACUUGAAUGCAUAUAUAUAGAGGGGAAGGGGACUUGUCCUCAGUUGUUCCACGGCGCCCAGUGCUGUCACAUACACACAUACACACAUACAUACGUACAUACGUAAUACAUAACACUUUCUUCCUCGCUCCCUUUCGCAACGCAACGUUCAAGACCAGAGACGGACGCUUUCGUUAACAUAAGCACCCACGUUCUCCCGCUCGAACCCGCCAUGCCCCUCCCUACAUCGUCCGUAUACCCGCCGCCGAGCGGCGAGUUUAUGAAAUGGCCCAGCCGGAGGAGCGUGGUGCACAGCACCACGGGCAUGGUGGCGUGCACCCAGCCGCUGGCGGCCAAGUGCGGCAUCGCCAUCCUCAAUGCCGGCGGGAAUGCUGCUGACGCAGCCGUGGCAGUGGCCGCCGGCCUCAACAUGACGGAGCCGACGUCGACGGGCAUCGGCGGCGACAUGUUCUGCCUGUACUACGACGCCAAGACGGGCAAGGUGUCGGCGCUCAACGGGUCCGGCAGGUCCGGCGGCAAGUGCACGCUCGAGACGAUCCGCAGGGACCUGGGGCUGGCCGACGACGAGGUCGGCCGGAUCCCCCUGAGCAGCAUCCACGCCGUCACCGUGCCGGGCGCCGCGGCCGGAUGGGUCGACACGGUGGAGCGCUUCGGCAGCGGCAAGUUGACCCUGGAGCAGAUCCUGGCGCCGGCCAUCGAGCUGGGCGAGAAGGGAUUCCCCGUGUCGGAAGAUGCCGCCUUUCAUUGGGGGCGCGGCGAGGAACAGCUGCGCAAGGCGUCGCCAAACUUUGCCGAGAUGCUCAAGGCGGACCCGUCAGCCCCUGACGGGGUCCGGGCCCCCCGGGCGGGGGACAUCAUGAAGAUGCCCAACCUGGCCCGCACGUUCCGCACCCUCGCGGCCGAGGGCAAGAAGGGCUUCUACACGGGCCGCAUCGCCGAGGAGAUCGUGCGGGUGGUCCGGGACCGCGGCGGGCACCUCGAGCUCGCCGACCUCGAGCACCACCUGGAGCAGGGCAGCGAGCCGGUCGACCCCAUCUCGCUCAAGUUCACCGGGCAGGGGCUCGCCUCCUCCUCACCCUCCCAGAGCGCCGGCGCCGGGGGCGUCGAGGUGUGGGAACACCCGCCCAACGGGCAGGGGAUCGUGGCGCUCAUGGCGCUCGGCAUCAUCCAGGAGCUCGAGAAGGCGGGCAAGAUCCCGACCUUCACGCCGGCGGACCACAACACGGCGGCGUACCUGCACGUCAUCAUCGAGGCGCUCCGGAUCGCCUUCGCGGACGCGCACUGGUUCGUGACGGACCCGCACAGCGACCGGGCGCCGCCGACCGCGGCGCUGCUCUCGCCCGAGUACCUGGCCGAGCGGGCGCGGCUGUUCGACCCGGGCCGGGCGGCGGCGAACCCGAGCCACGGCAACCCGUUCCCGUCGCCGGCGCUCCGCAGCAGCGACACGGUCUACUUCGCCGUGGCGGACGCCCAGGGCAACGCCAUCUCCUUCAUCAACUCCAACUACACCGGCUUCGGCUCGGCCGCGAUCCCGCGCGGCUGCGGCUUCACGCUGCAGAACCGCGGCGCCAACUUCAGCCUCGACCCGCGCCACCCCAACGUGCUGGCGCCGCGCAAGCGGCCCUACCACACCAUCAUCCCGGGGCUCGUCACCAGCCUGGCGGCCGACGGCGGCGGGUCGUCGUCGUCGCUGCACUCCGUCUUCGGCGUCAUGGGCGGCUUCAUGCAGCCCCAGGGCCACGUCCAGGUGCUCCUGGGCCAGCUGGUCGGCGGCCUGAGCCCGCAGCAGGCGCUGGACGCGCCGCGCGUGUGCAUCGGCGCCGGCAUGGCCGACGUCGGCGACGUGUACGGCGGCGUCGUCUACGUCGAGGAGGGCAUGCCCGAGGAGACGAUCCGCGGCCUGCGCGAGCUCGGCCACCCGGUCGAGGUCCUCGGCGGCUGGGGCGGCAUGGGCAGGCAGAUGUUCGGCCGCGGCCAGAUCAUCCGCUGGACGGUCGACCCCGUCGACGGUACGGGGGUGUGGUCGGCGGGCAGCGAUAUGAGGGGCGACGGGGCGGCGUAUCCGGCGUAGCGGAAGAGGUUUAUUAAACGAAAGAUACCAUAAUAAACGGGAGGAGAAAAAAAAUGUUACAAUUAUCUCGACGUGCCGUGGUAUCGUCUCUUUGGAAAUGUACUGUACAAAGCUGGCGCAGCAAGAGAGCCGUCUAGUUUGC